CAAUCAAUACCCCAUACUAGUGCGGCCUUCCGGCUAUAGCGCGUUGCAUGCGAAAGCUCAGGAAUUCGAUCUCGGGCGCUCUCCCCAUUGUCGGAUUCCCAUGUUCGCCCACCUGGUGAAUCUGUACCGAUCGCUUUCUCUUAAUACCCUCUCUUGCGCUCUGCCUGAUCCUUCUACUCCUCUCCUUUGCGCAAAUUCUAUGCCAAUACAUACUGGCCUCAGAUACACAUAGCUCUGCAAACCAACCGCUGUCAUCACAUAGCUGUUAACCAAACAAGCCACCGCCACUCGAUCCAGUCUUUGGAACGCGCUGUCACUGCCACCUCUCACCCACGGUACUUUAGAUUUCUUGUGAGACCUGAAAUCAUUACUGUUGGAUCUUCGUCAUGAUGGAAGUUGAACAGCCCCAGUCCUUCGAUUGGGCCAACGACGCCUAUGCUGCCUUCAGCGACGCAUCAAAACACCAGAACAAAUGGAACGCUUUCAGUAGCAGCUCUGCGCCGACAGAAACCAACACAGCAUUUACGAUACCUCCAGCUCUCUUGACCCAUUCAACAGCACGGUUCGGUCAGAUCACCCCACCUGAGGAGCGUUCACCAGCAGACUCAAUGCGAAAUGCUAGACAAGGCUCUAUACCAGUAGAGGAGCUAUUGAACGAGUCACUCUGGCCCAACAAUGACCAACAGUACCUGGAAUCGCCCAGACAUGAUGCUCGGCAACUCGAGUCGCCACCCAACGACAGCGAGCCGUCCUCAAAACGUCGCCGCGUUGUUAGACAAUCCAUUUCCACUCAGUCCCAGGCCACAGCGAAUUUACAACAGGACAAUGACGCCACUGCCAAUCCUCAGCCUCCUAAGCGCAAGCGUGGGCGACCAAAGUCGCAGCCCCAGAUGGUCGAGGCCUUUACCGCUGAUGGAUUUCCCUUCCAGGUGUCAUCUGCUCGCCAGUCACAUCUUGAGAAGAAUCGAGUUGCUGCACACAAGUGCCGUCAGCGCAAGAAGGAAUACAUUGGUAGCCUUGAAGGGCGCGCUCGAGAGUUCUCCGCAAAGAACAAAGCGCUGAAGGAGAAUGUCAGCAUGCUCAGAGAAGAGGUGCUCAGCCUCAAGAACGAAGUACUCCGACAUGCUGGGUGUGGCUUCUGGGCAGUCGACGAAUACCUCGCACGAUGCGCAGGAGACCUGCUUGGCAGAGAGGCUCCCGGGAUGUCACAGAUGGGCUCAGGACAGUAUGAUGUCCCUACAAUGCAAAUGCGACCUCGCGAGAACAGUCACGAGUCUGUACCAAGUAUAGGCAGCAUGUGCUCUUCCCCCGGUGCGGAUGACUUUGGUGGUCUCGAGCUUCUUCAGGAAUAUGAGGAUGACCAGAACAUUCAGUAAUGAUGUUUGUGGUUCUGCUUGAUGGCUCAAUGCAUCUGGUCUUCGGCGUUCUCUCUUGGUAACACUUCAUGAUACCCCCGGCACAGGUCACAUCGAGGACGACUACUUGUGCCUUUUGAUUUUACUUCCUGAACCUUCCGUUUACUCGGUGUCACAUUCGGACCCGAGCAAAGCAAAAGUAUUUCGAAGAAAAAAGCGUUUAUUCUAUAGCGUGUAUGAUACGAUAGUAGCAUAAACUAAGUAUAACUGUCAU